UAAGUCCACAUUAUUGUUCAAAGUAGCAUCUACAUAUCGUGUUUUGUGUUUGUUUUCAAAUUCUUAUCAUUUUACUUCGGUUUCGAAAAUCCGAACGUGUUUUUUGUAAAAUUUUUCGUCAAGUUUUGAAUUUAUGAAAUAAUUUUUUUACAUUUUCAGCGUAUUAGACAAUCCAUUUUUGAUUGAUCAUCAUCUCUUCGGGAUCCAUCCGGUGACAAGAACUCUGUAUCAAAUUCAGCCGCCAAAAAUUCAUCACCUAUUGGAAGUAAUGCAAAUUCAUCGCUAGAAAUUCACAUUUUCCUACAACAUGAUCGGUGAUUUCCAGUAUCAAUCUUCUUCUUCCGAUGAAUCAAAUUCGGAAUGUGAAAGUGAUUCCGGCGAAUCAGAUAAUGAUAUGAAUAAACUCGAAGAAGAAAGAAACAGAUUACAGGGAAAUAUACACGAUAUCGAGACCAAAUUAGGAACCAUUCAGAAAAUCCUGAAACGCCUUAAUAACGAAAGAAAAGAAUUGCUGGAGAAAAGGAAUAAAUUAAUUUCUUCGGUCAGCGGAGAAGAAGAUGUAACAUCUGGCGCAUCAUUAGCUACUUCCGCAUCAUCGAAAGAAAUCGGUCUGGGCAGUUCUUCGAUAGGUAUCCAGAAUCCUUUCAGUAUGAGCACGAAUUCCGAACCUUUGAAUUUGAAUGUCUGUCGUGUGACGAAUUGCGAUAAUGAAGAAGAGUUCGAUUCGGAAGAUGAUUUAUGAUCGCGAAACACAUUUGUACUCUCAGUGUGUGAGAUGAAUUAUAUCUACACCCAUCUGUAUUUUCAAUUGAAAUUUAUCGCCGACAUUUUCAUCGAGAUAUCUCUGAUGACAAAUUGAUAUACGAGUAUUUUUUCUCAACUCGACUGAAAACUUUUCAAGUUUUGCGUAACUAAGAAGAUUAAUUUUUCUUUUUUUAUCCAUCGGCGUAGGCUAUUUCAACAAUGACUUGUUGAUGGCAACACGUCGUGAAAUUUUGUCACCAAGGUAUGAAAUAAUUCAGGCUGCGUGUUGAUUACAUUCGCAUGACCAAAAAAAAGCUCUCCGAAUGUAUGUAAUAUGCAUGCUGGUAGAUAUUUACAUGGGGUUGUAUUUUGAAGGUAGGUUAAGGAUUAUUGAUUUGAACUUUUAUAGUCGUUUUCCUGUGAAAUAGGUACACGUACGUGUAACAUAAAUGUGUUCAUUAUUUCGUUUUCGUAUAUAUGCAUUUUAACAAUAAUUUUUAUCAAUUUCGACUGUUUGAUUUUUUUGUCGUAUGUUGCAUCGAAUUACGCAAUACUAUUUCUAGAAGAUGAAUAUAUUAUCCAUAUCCAUCGAUCGCUGCAGUUUUGUUCACAUUGAAUGAAGAUUUGCAUUAAAGAGAUAAGACUACGAUAUCAAGAUACAGCUUUGACUAUCUUCAAGGUAUAUAUUCGUGCGAGAUUUUAAUUAAAAUUGAAUAAAAGGUGGGCCAUUAUAAUAUAUAGUGGCAGAAGAGUAGCCUAUUGGUAAUUCAAACAUUUUACGAGUCGAGCUCGACUCGGCUGUUUGGGGUAUUGUUAACACGAAUGUGUAUAGUGUAUAACGUCCGUCAUACGUGUCACACGUCAAUCGGAUUUUUUACGCAGGAAUACAAGUACGAAGAAUCACAGAAUACGCAACUGACCAGCAAUUAUUUAUCGUUCGGAUCGAAACGACGGACUUACUUUCACGCGAACAACGGAAAUACGCCAGUUUUGCUGCAUAGAGAAAGAACAAACAAUGAACGCAGAAUCGCCACAGCGCCUUGCGUUAUUAUUUAAUUGUGUUGGUAUUUUCGGUAAUAUUUUAUCGUACAUUGUUGUCUAUAUAGAAUCGAUGUAGCUUGUAUUAUAUAUUAUAUAUAUAUAGCGGUACUCGUUUAUUUGUAACACGAAUCUUCAUCGUCGUACUGAAACAGAAGACUUAUUAUAAUAAAAAUUGACUAUGAGAGUAAGUUUUCAAAAUGAAUGUAUUUUUUCAAUACUCGAAAUUGGUCGAAGGCAAAAAAAAAAGGUAAUGCCAUUCAACACAGUACGUAAUGUUUAAAUGUUCGGAAAAAUAUACAAAUUAUAAUAUA